GUAUAAGACACAUUUCGCAACAGCGUCUGGAAGACAGAACCCUGCAGACUUCUCCGCUUUAGAGCAGGGAAGAAUCGAUCAUUAAGAUGUGCAAUUUGUGCCGAACACUUCGCAGAUUACUCAGAUUGGAAUGGCAACACGUGGAAUCCAUACAAUUUAAAAAUAACCACUACUUCCGUUUAAGAACACAACAGCUUUUAUAUGAUGUUGAAGAGAAUUUGGAGUAAACUGUUCCUGUUGCAAAACGUUUAGAAACAGAAUUGGUUCAAAGAAUGCACCCCAGGAGAGUCCAUCACAACGUUUUGCAAUGGAAUCCGACGAGCAUCGGAGCCGGUGUAGUACGAUUCGAUCUUAGUCCUGCAUUGACGCUUUCCCUGUUUGAUGGUUCGUCGGAGGGCAUAGCGGGGUUUCUUAGAAGCUUCCGCGUUAGUCGCGCUCCUUGAAAGCGGCUGCUCUACCCUUUAACUCAAUGCGGAUGUUGUGAUUGGCUGAAAUAUGUGGUAUAUCAGACCGUAUACCACGGACAGAAAAUGGCAUUUUGUUACCAACUCUUCAGUCAGCUCUUCCCUUCCUGGACCUUCACGGAACUCCUCGGUUGGAGUUUCACCAGUCUGUCUUUGACGAGCUUUGUGACAAGUUGAUGGAGCGAGUCGCCACUAUCGCGGAGGGCAAGGAUGAGGACCGUUAUGGUAAACUUAAAGAGCUGCUGGAGAAGAGCUUUCCGCUGGUGAAGAUGCCUUCCAUUCAGCCAGUGGUCAUGCAGGUGCUGAAGCAUCUUCCAAAGGUACCAGAGAAAAAGCUGAAGCUUGUGAUGGCUGAUAAGGAACUGUAUAAGGUCUGUGCUGUUGAGGUGAAGAGGCAGAUCUGGCAGGAAAACCAGGCUCUCUUCGGAGAUGAGGUCUCUCCCUUGCUCAAGCAGUAUAUCGUGGCAAAGGAGGCAGCACUUUUCAGCAGCGAUCUCUCUAUUCUGCACAACUUCUUCAGCCCCUCCCCCAAAGCAAGACGCCAAGGAGAGGUAGUCUUGAAACUGACCCAGAUGAUUGGGAAGAAUGUGAAACUAUAUGACAUGGUGCUCCAGUUUCUGCGAACACUCUUCUUGCGUACUCGUAAUGUCCACUACUGCACCCUGCGUGCAGAGCUGCUCAUGUCCCUCCAUGACCUGGACAUCAGUGAGAUCUGCUCAGUAGACUCCUGCCACAAGUUCACCUGGUGCUUAGAUGCCUGUAUCCGUGAGAAGUUUGUGGAUGCCAAGCGAGCCCGGGAGUUGCAAGGUUUUCUGGAUGGAGUGAAGAAAGGACAGGAGGAAGUACUUGGGGACCUGUCCAUGAUACUGUGUGACCCAUUUGCCUGUAACACCCUGGUUUUGAGUACGGUCCGAAACCUGCAAGAAUUGCUAAGCCAGGAUGCUCUACCCAGAGACAGUCCAGACCUGAUGCUGUUACUCAGAAUGCUGUCUCUUGGACAAGGUGCUUGGGAUAUGAUUGACAGCCAGGUCUUUAAAGAGCCUCGAUUGGAACUGGAAGUCGUGACCCGUUUUCUCCCAGCCAUGUUGUCAGUACUUGUGGACGACUAUACCUUCACUGUAGAGCAGAAACUCCCUAGUGAGGAGAAGACCUCCCUCUCCUACCCCACAGCCCUGCCUGAUAACUUCAACAAGUACCUGCAGGAGAACGGGGUGGCUUGUGAGAUGGGUCUGUACUACGCACUCCACAUUGCCAAGCAGAGGAACAAGAAUGCCUUACAAAGGUUACUUCCCGCAUUGGUGGAGACCUACAACGACAUGGCCUUUGGGGACAUCUUCCUGCACCUCCUGACAGCACACCUCACCUUGCUCUCUGAUGAGUUUGGGACUGAAGAGUUCUGCUCUGCUGUGUUUGAUGGCUUCCUCCUCACCUCUUUCUCCAGUAAAGACCAUGUCCACAGACACAACCUACGCCUGUUGCUUCACCUUCACCAGAAAGUGCUGCCAUCUUGUGUGGAGACCUUAGUGAAAACCCUGGAACCCUCAAAACAGAGCAGUGACCAGGUAAAGGAGCUGUACACCAAGCUGACAGGGAAACUGGAGGCCCAAAAGAAGAGUCCUCCCCAGCCAGACGAAGCCCCCUCCCUGGACCUCCAUCCUGUUAAAGUGCCCACUACAGCUUCCACUCAUCGCUCUGAGAGAAUAGGUGGUAGGGAGCAGCAAAAUAAGGAAACCAAUUAGUCUGAAAAAAGGAUGCUGAUAUUACAUGUUGAAUUUAGGUUGGCUCAUGAAACCAUAAAAAAUGACUAAAUGUAAUUUCCUCUAUGGGUACUAUGGUUAAGGUUUAGUUUGUUUUCUAAUACUUGUUUUAUUAAGAUGUCGUAUUUGAAGCAGUUUUCCAGCUUUAACAAUGUAACUCAGUUGCCAAUGUUUUUCAGUGUGAAUUAUUACUUUUUAAUUUUUAGAAAUACGUAGUCUUGCUUAAUUAUUGUUAAGUAUAUUUUCUUAUGUACUGGAUCUAUAAAGACUGAAUGUCAAUGUGUGUGUAUGUACCGUUUGUAUUGUGUCAGUGGAGACGCAAGCUUUAAAUAAAUUAAUUUAGAAAUGGUUAAAAAA